AUGGAUAGUCAGACAACCAUCAAUUCAUGCAAAUGUGAGACACCAUCAGAUGCUGAAGACUACAGCGAAUCCCUUGUGUUGAAGCCUUUACCGGACGGACACUUAUAUGCCUUCUUUGAGCUGAAGACCGUUUGGCACAAAGAUUUGCAUUCAAUUAAUUGGGCCAAUCGAUUCAAUGUAUUUCCACUGUCUUUGGGAAAACUAAUUUCCAAACAUGAAUUACAAGAACUACACUUCAGUCUCACGAAAGGCGUUUGGAAACACCAGCGCUGGGGGUAUGCCAUACGUGAGGCACCUCCUAAUGCACAGCUAUGGCUAUGGUUCCAACACUUCCACAAAAAUCCUCAAAAGGCGUGGAGAGACAUCACGAGCGAACUCUCCGGUCAGUUCUGUUCGUCCAUUAAUUUCAUCGACAAUUCAGCCACAGUUCAGCCGAAGUAUUCGUUGAGACCGGAGGGUGUAAUCGAUGGCAACUCUUUGCGAAACGGUUCCAUAUUUUACGGCGCUUUACCGCACGAAUCGGUCUGCACUGAGAACCUGACGCCUUGGAAGAAGUUGUUGCCGUGUUUUGCCACCAAAGGGUUGGCCACUCUUCUCAACGCCGCACAUCUCUUCAAUUCGUAUUACUUUUCUCUGGCCGUCGACUUCAGACCCAUUUGUAGAGACAUCCAUUGUGAGUCAACUUCGGUUGAAUUGAUUCAAAGUAUUUCUGUUGUCUUCAAUCCUCCCGUUAUGUUCGAUGGGAAGCAGAGCUGGUCUUUAGUCAAACUGUUUGGCACAACACUUACGAGCACUUGUAGUUUGGCCGCAAAGACUACUUUAUAUAUUGAUUUAACGGAUACUAACAACAAGAAUGCCUCCAAACUGACACCAGAGCCCACAAAAUUGGUUUAUUCGGUGAUCGGCGCCGAAGAGCGUAAAUACGCGGCCUAUGAUCUCAAACAGAUAAUGACUCAAAACGGAAAGGCUCUAAAUAUAGGCCAAUACUUUCAAGAUAACUUUGUUUACACGAAUGUCAAACCGCCGCCUCUUUACGCCAACCGUUUCAUCAAAGGUUACGGUUUGGCCGACGGAGGCAUCACUUGUCAUAUAUUCAACAAUUUGGAUAAACCCAUAGAAAUAGUGUAUUUAGAUGUCAUUCCCUGGUAUUUACGAAUGUAUUUACACACACUUAAGAUCACAGCAAACAGUAAGUCAAUCAAACCGCAUACCAUUUACUACAAACCAUCCAAAGAUCGCAUUCAAUCACAUCAUUUGGAGCUACUGUUGGUAUUACCGCCCAAUAGUAUGACAGAUAUAUCCUAUCAAUUCGAUAGAGUGUUCCUGAAGUGGACGGAAUACCCGCCGGACGCCAAUCACGGCGUUUACGUCAACUCAGCCAUAAUUAGUGCGAAUUUAAACACCGAUAAAAACUUCACAUAUUUGCCAAUUCGUGAGACUAUUUCCACACAAAACUUGCAUUUCGUGAGAAUAUACACACAAACACUAUUAGUAUCACUUCCGACGCCUGACUUUUCAAUGCCUUAUAAUGUCAUUUGUUUGGUCAGUACUGUCGUUAGUCUAGCCUUUGGACCAAUUCAUAACUUGACCACAAGAAGGGCUCGAAUUGCAGACAAUGAAAGUGAUAAGAAGACCAAACAGUCAUUGAUCUCUAGAGUUAAAAACUUUUUUAAGAGAAAAACUGAUACUAAAAGUAGUGAACAAAAGGAAUAG